UAACAGAGAACAUCUAAAGGGAAGAAGAAGAGCGGCGCAUCCACCGGGCCCGGGCUGGACGGUCAGCCGAGGUUUUCGGUGCCCGAGAAACCAAUUAGAAAAUUUGCAUUUGGCCUUUCCGUCGCCAUCGUCGUCGUCGUCGUCGUCAUCGUACCGAACCGACCCCGGUCUCCGGAUCCUUCUUCCUUCCCAACCCAGCCUCCUACAUGAAGUGUAAUCGAAUGAGCGAAGGAUACGUGGAAUCGGAUUGCUCUGGCCCGGUCAGCAGCAUGGCUAAAGCUGAAGUUGCACACUGUUGGUCCUUCGCACAGUAGGCCAGUCCUGCUGCUGCUGCUGCUGGUGGUGGUAGGUCAAGCGAAUCUGCCCUCGGCACACUCGGCGAGUGAAGCGCAUCCGCAAGCGACGGAAACCGUAGGCGACGACCAAGUAGGCAGCCCAGAAGCGAGCCACCCCAAAAUGCACGUAGCAAAUGUACUGCGAGCUUCAUGUAUCUUUUGGGUUUCUGUUAGCUCGAACAUAAUGAUGACCACGACCACGACCACGACCGAGGAGUCUGAGGCCGCCUACCAGCCAUACUUCGACUUUUCGGUGAACCGCAACGUGACAGUGAACGUUGGCCAGACCGGAUUUCUUUUUUGCAGAGUCGAGCGGCUGGGCGAACAGGAUGUGGCGUGGAUAAGGAAACGAGACCUGCACAUACUCACGAUGGGAGCUUCAACGUACACGUCGGACCAACGAUUUCAGGUCCUACGGCCCGAAGGUUCCGUCAAUUGGACGCUACAAAUCAAGUACCCGCAGAUGCGUGAUUCGGGCGUGUACGAGUGUCAAAUCAACACCGAACCGAAGAUGUCCCUCUCGUACAUGCUCAACGUUAUCGAGCUGCGGGCGCGAGUGCUGGGACCGUCGGACAUAUUUAUCAAAUCGGGCAGCGAGAUUACUUUGGUUUGUGUCAUACAGCAAGGACCGCACGAGCUCGGUACCGUCUUCUGGUACAAGGGAAACACGCUCGUCGAGCCAUCCACGCAGGAAAACGACAUUCUUACGGGUGAAAACAGACGAAUUUCCAUCGAAACAGAUUGGACAGAUGUGCUGACGUCCAGGCUGAGGAUAAAGCGAGCGAUCCAGAGUGAUACCGGGAACUAUACCUGCGUUCCGACAAUGGCCAAAUCUGCAAGCGUGUAUGCUCAUGUAAUUAGUGGAGAGCACCCGGCGGCGAUGCAACACAAUUCGGCCGCAUCGGUCCCGCGGCCACUGUUGGUGCUGGUGCACACCUUAUACUUCCUUUUAUCGUUUCUCGUGCUAAUGCAAGCACAUCUGCGGCCGAGUGGCAGGGGGCGGAAGGUGGAGGAGGCGCACAGGUCCCGCACUGGCCAGGCAGCUAUCAGCCAACGGAAGCUGGACGAAGGACGACCAUCCUGUCGAUGCCGCGGGCGAGACGGUUCAUCUGAGGUGUCGAUCGUUUUUUGCUGCAGUACCCACACCUUCCACGCUUAUCCAAGCUAACAUGAAGCCGAUGGCCGGUGGCGCAGCGCGGACGCUGCCCGGACACCGCUAGUAGACCGUCAGCCGGUGGUGGGGGUCGGUCGCUAGGUGGCGGUAGUUCGAGUUCCGAGGAUUCUCGUUCUUCAUUUGCAGACACAACAGGCGCAUUUCAUCCACCUUAUCAUCCUCACCUUAAUCUUUUUCAAGCCACUAAUACCACUACCACUACUAGUACCAUUACGACUAAGACUACUACUACUACUCCGGCUACUGCUAGUAGUAGAGCUACUAUCGCUGUUUCACUGUCCACUGAAGAUAGGAGAAGCGAAGGGAUAGAAGCUACUGUGUACAGGUUAGAUGAAGAGCAUAGUGUGGAUAGAGAGAACCGAGGAGAAAACGUUAAAAAAAACACACACACUCACUCACAGAUACACACAUCGUUCAUUCUUAGUGAGAGUUUAGAGCCUCUUCAUUCCCAUUCCUUAGAACCGGAAGCACACACAAGCCCCGAUAACAACAACAACAACAACAGCACUCUUCUGCGAUUCCCUGCCCCGGGCGGGAGGCGCUAGAACCAUUCAGCAUAAGAAUGGCGCCACGGCAGUGAAGGCGCACCUGAGAAUGGGAAACACACAUCGCAAAACGAUGAUGCAAAGUCUUUCGCACCGUUGUUCCGGUUCCGUCGACAGAAGGGAGCCCAGAAGAGAUUGACUUAUAUCGAAUGGAAGAGAGGUAGAGAACAGAGGCAGGUAGUAGAUGUGGUAUGAUUUCUUUUCUACUUUCACCACCACUUUCAUCACUAGAACGGGCGAACAGUGCAUUCUGGAUGACGUUCGACGUCGAGCAUAUAAGGCAGGCGAGAGGCGCCACCCCCGUGGAGGGUGAGAUUACACACUCAAUAGCGACACCUUUCUUCCUGAUGCAGUAGAGUAUGCAUCAAUCGAGUGAGCGCGGGUGCAGAAUUGGCUCAAAAGCACAGAUGUUUGAUUGUUUAAAAGAGAAAAAAGCAAAGGUAUGUGACGCGUUUUGUGAGGUCCCGAGGACAG